UCUGCAGUGGGACCCCUAGUGCUUUCCCACUCCAGGUCCUGGCAGCGUUCCCCACAAGUACAAACACACGCACACAGAGCUCCCAUUGUUGCAGCCUUCCCCAGCCCACGGAUCCUAAUAUGGAAUGCAGCAGGAAACCCAUGAUUUCCUGACACUCGGCAGGCUGGAGGAAGCAAGGGGGAACCUCCAUUAAAAAGCCCAGCUCUCCUCCAUGUUAGCUGUGAAGUGGGAAAUGGGAAAGAUUCAGCAAAAUCCCGGCUCUGCAGCCAGGCUGGAGAGGGGGAGAACAGAGUGAAACCCGCGGGCUGUUGAAAUUUCCCGACUGCCAGGAAGCCCCUAGUCCUCAGUGGAAAUGAGGGUUUCUGGACUCAAAGUGCUAGGGAAACGGGACAGACCCCUUUCCUGAUUCUCCCGAGUGUGUGUCACCUUCCUUUACCAGCAUGGUAAGCCAGAGGGCAUGUGCCAGCUGCCUGCGACAAGUCUGUGGGAUCCCAGGUACCCAAAGUAAAGCAAAGUGAUCUCAAGCCUGGUGCUUCAUGGGCUGCGGGAGAAGCGGGAGAAGCCACAGCGGCGGCUCCGGGGCAGCAGCUGGAGCCGCGAGAAUGAACUGCAAGGAGAGUGACAGCAGCUGCGGCUGCGAGGGCAGCGAGGAGAAGAAGAUGCUGAAAUGCGUGGUGGUGGGGGACGGGGCGGUGGGGAAAACCUGCCUGCUGAUGAGCUACGCCAACGACGCCUUCCCGGAGGAGUACGUGCCCACCGUGUUCGACCACUAUGCAGUUACUGUGACCGUGGGAGACAAGCAACACUUGCUCGGACUAUAUGACACGGCAGGACAGGAGGACUACAACCAGCUGAGGCCGCUCUCCUACCCCAACACGGAUGUGUUUUUGAUCUGCUUCUCGGUCGUAAAUCCUGCCUCUUACCACAAUGUCCAGGAGGAAUGGGUCCCGGAGCUUAAGGACUGCAUGCCUCAUGUGCCUUACGUCCUCAUCGGGACCCAGAUUGAUCUCCGCGAUGACCCCAAAACCUUGGCCCGUUUGCUGUAUAUGAAGGAGAAACCUCUCACCUACGAGCACGGCGUGAAGCUUGCCAAGGCGAUCGGAGCACAGUGCUACCUGGAAUGCUCGGCCCUGACUCAGAAAGGUCUCAAGGCGGUGUUUGAUGAAGCCAUCUUCACCAUUUUCCACCCCAAGAAAAAGAAACGCUGCUCCGGGUGUCACCGCUGCUGCUCGAUUAUCUGAGGUGGAGUGAGACCCACCUCCACCCCACUUAAGGGCCAGAAGGGCAGCCAGCCUCUGCGACCAAGCUCAAGACCCUGAGGAGGGCGGGACCCUGCACCCGGGGGCUUCUUCUGCGCCCUGAGCCUCCAUGCACAGCCACUAGCCAGCCACUGCCACGCCCUCCUGCAGCCACAGCAUCCGCCCUGCGCACCCUAGGGAACGCAGAGCGGGGUCAGCCCAGUCAAAGACUGUCCUGCAUCUCCCCCUCCCGUGAAUGUGCGGCUGAUGGGAAAUCGUUGGGGAAAACCAAAAGAGACGCUUGGUUCCUGUCCUGGUGGCCUUACUCAAUGUCUUUUACAAAACAUGGGAAUGCAGUACUAACCUCUUUUACUGAAUCGGCUAUUCUACCUGUGUGGCUUACAGUCACUGGUAUUAUUUUAAGAAAUUUACUAAUUUGCCAGUGUACCCGGGCCUUACAAAUCCAUACCAAAUUAGCCUAAAGACAAAGUAUUUUGUAUUCAUUUCUACCUUCAGCCUGUUUCUACCAAAGCUUUUAGAACCAACUUGGACCUCUGAAUGCCUGACUAUAAGAAGAUACAAGAAAACCUUUCUGAGUUAAGACUUUGGAAAUUUCAGGGCCAUGAUUUUGGAACCUGGUUGAAUGAAUUGUUGCUGGUUACAUUUUUGCCAAAGAUUCACCCUGGAAAUGCUUAUGUUGAUAGGUAGCCUUAUUUUUUCUGUAUUAUAUAUUGUCAUGGCAAAUUAGGAAUGAACUGUGUUUUUAAAAGUAGUAUUUUUGCUUUUCAAUCAAAUGAUUGGGGGGAGAAUAUGGCAGACUUAUAAUAUGAAAUACUUUAUUCAGCAAAGUGGACUUUCCUGCUCCCUCCCUUCCCCAUUGCAUUCCCUUUACCUCCUUCGCCUUCACCCUUUCUCCCAUGCCCAAUAAUAACCUGAUCUAAACAAAGGGUCUGGCCAUGGGGCAUGAAAAAGUAAGCAUUUAAAGGUCCCCAAAAGUUAAGAAAAAAGCCUUAAUUUUUCCUGUUGCUUCAACUGAAAGUACAGUUGACCCCCCAUCUGUGGUUUCGCUUUCUGCCAUUUCAGUUACCAUGGUUAAUUGCUAUCUGAAAAUAUUAAAUGGAAAAUUCCAGAAACAAA